AUGUCAGGAAACCCAGGAAGUUCGCUGAGGGCACUCUCGCCCACCCCGCCGGAGCGUGGCUCGUUCCCCUUGGACCACGACAACGAGUGUUUCCAGCAGAUGAGCGCUUAUUUGGAGUGUAUGAAGCUGGUCAAGGGACAGAAUGCCCCCAAUUGUCGGUUGUUGGCGAAGGAGUACUUGCAAUGUCGGAUGGAUCACCAGUUGAUGGACGUGGAUGAUUGGAGCCAUCUGGGGUUACCCGGGGACUCCCCCGCGCCGGGUAAGCGCUGA